UCACUCUGAUUUCUCUAGAAGUAACCCUCUGCCUCGGAAUGGGAUACUGGCUCCUUCCCCACUUCCUGUGAUCAAGCCGGGAACUGGGCUUCUGUGGGGAUGCCUGUAAACCAUCAGAAAUCAGACUUCUCGGAGAUGGACUCCGACAUGUCACCCAGCUGCAGGCUCAGUGACUUGAGCAGAGGUGGGAGUCUGGAGAGUCGAAGCAGCAGUUCGCGGUCCAGAAGUUUCACUUUGGAUGACGAGAGCCUGAAGCACCUCACACACGAGGAGAAGGAUGUCAUCCUGUUUUUUGAAGAGACUCUCGAUUCCCUGGAAGACGACUUUGAGGAGCCAGCCCUGUGUGACAGUGGUAUUCAUUGCCAUUCUCCGCAGUCUCUGGAGAGCCCUUCCAGUCACUCUGAGCCUGAAGAUGUCAUCGAUUUAGUGCAGCCAAGACCUGCAGCUGGGGACAUGGAGUGCCUUCCAGCAGUGCCCCAGGGAACAGGGACUGGACCUGGGAAGGAGCACAUUGCUGUCCUCGAAGGCAGGAAACAAGACACUGAGAAUUCCCAAGCACCAGAGCCCAUAGAUCCCGAAGCCCUUCCUCUGCCACCUUCCCUGCCUGGCACCCCAGCCCCAGCCUACCCUAGGAGGGAGCUGCCCUCCCCUUCUCCUCCAGCAGAGCACCCAAAGCUACCCCGCUCAGUCCCUACUCCGCUUGUGAUUGCUCAGAAAAUCUCCGAGAAGUUGGCAGGAAAUGAAGCCCUCUCCCCCACAUCCCCUUCGAAGGAGGGCAGGCCUGGAGAGUGGCGGACACUGACUUCUUUAGCCUCUCGAAAUGGAGACCAGUUCCCCUGGCACCGACACUCGGCACAGCCUGCACCCAAGAUUCACCGCUUCCCCAGCAACAUCAGCGUGACCAACAGCUCUGGGAAGGACUUCAACAAGACCAUCUCCAAAGCAGCCGUCAACGUGCAGGAGCGCAAAGCCCAGGUCCUGGCCAACAUCAACGGCGUCUCUUUCCUCACCUCUGGCGAUACAGAAGACCGGUCACCGAAGAGUGAUCUCACAGAGAAGAGGAGUGUCCCUGCAGAUCAGGGGACGCCCUCCUGGAGCAAGCCAGGACUGGCCAAGGAAGCUGAAGAGCCGCGAGCAGGCGGGCAGGCCAGUGGUGGUCAGCAGUCCAGAGGUGUGCAGACAGAGCAGCCCCCAGUGCUGGCCAACGGCUUCCAGAGCAUCCAUGAGGUGCUGCGGAGCGAGUCCAGUCCCUUCGUGUCUACUGGAAAGACUGUCACCUUCCGUCCAGACCCCACUCUUGCCAGCAAGCUCGCGCGCCAGAAUGCCAGCAGGAGCUUCUGUGAGCCCCGGCCACCAGACUGUGGCCAGGACGCCAGGAAGCGGGCAGGCUCUCUCCCCAGAGCAGUGGGGUUCAGGCCUCAGGGCAUCACUGUGCAGUUCUCUGGCCGGGGCUCCACAGAGGAAGCUCGGCGGGAGGCCCUGCGCAAGCUCGGGCUACUGAAGGAGAACUUGUGAUGGAGACUAGCCCAGGAAUACCAAAGGCCCCCUGCUCAUCCGUCAGCAGGAUGGCUAAGACACCUGUUUAUUCCCCUCCCUGAAAAGGGGAUGAAAUGAAACAGUGACAGGGGCCCUAUGGUCCUGCAAAUUCAAGACCUGGUUGGCCUGAAAUGCACAUGUGAAGAGCAGGACCUGGGGACCCAGAAGCUGUGGCCCUAUGAGGAGGGGAGCCAGAGACGCUGGGCCUGGGAAGUCCCGCAGGGGAGCAGGGAAUUCUGCGAGAGCCUGCACCCAUAUCUUUUCACCUUCCUUUUCCUAAGAUCUCAGAGAAUAAACUUUUAAGUCUUGUUGGCUUCCAUGAUUUGUAAAUGCCAUAUGUUUUUAAAAUUGGGAGGAGGGGAAUUGGCCUGAGUAUCACAGCUAGCCUAAGAGGACAUGAAAGCCAGUUUAGAUCUCAUCCUCAGGAUUUUCACCUCCUCUUCUAAGAAAAUUAAGAAGAAAUGCUUGUUAACUUUUUCAUAGUUUCAUAAUAUACUUUUUUUGUCCCUUUGUUUAGUUCUAAAGGAUGAAAGAUGAAACAUCACCUGGGUAUAUUUUUGUUUCUGGGUCCACUUGGUUUUCCCAGUAUGAUUCACUAUCAUUUUGAGGUGUGAGAGUCAAAUAGGUAGAUUUUGGAAAGGAUGGUGAUUUUGUGUUCCUGGGACAUACACGGUAUGAGUCUGUGUUGUGUGUAUAUGUGUACAUACUAUAUGUUGACAUAUAAUAGGCAUUGUGUGUAUAUACAUGCACAUUUGUUAGUCCGUAAAUAUAAACUUCUGAAAACCCUGCUACGUAGCGACCAGCACUUCUCCUGAUGGACACAGCCCCCUCAGCAUUACCAUGGAUGACACAAGAAAUCUUUACUUCCUAAUAUGGAAGUCUUCUAAGGACAUGUGUCCAUGAUAUUUUGGUGAACUAAAAGUACUUUUUCCUCAACGGUGUGUUGUUCUGUUCCCAAUUAAGGUAAUGUUUCCUGCUUCCAAAGAAGCAAGAUGGUUCCUAUUUUAAUAAAGAACAUUUUAAAAAUAUUAAUCUUAUUUAUCAACCAAUUCUAGUUUUGAGUGCUCCACAGUAAAUAGGAAACAGAAGAUUCUGAAAGCUUCCCGAUUGAACAUGUUCCAUGAGCAACAUCACAGGAUGCAUUUAAAAGGGAAAAAACCGGGAACUAGGUUAGGCAGCGUGAAAAGAACUGUUUUUCUCCCAGGCCACACCGGGUUGUAGCCACGAGCAUUAUCAUCCAGACUAUUUAAGGCCAGAGUCUGAAACCUCUAAAAAUAGACAGGCCUGCACAGUCACACCCUGGUGUGUCCCCACCAGCUCUCUCACAGAGCCCAUUUCUUUCCUGCUGAAUAUUACUGAGAUCCAGGCUUGACACGUGCCCAGAGGGUGUGUUCCUGGUAUUCCACUCUGGUCUUGGAAGUUACAUUAAACAAAUGAUGAUGGUUUUUUCCUUAGAACCUCAGUACUUAGCAUUUUGUUCAGCUCUUAUCCUGAUGAAAUAAUCUCAUAAAUUCUAGAUCUUGAUUUAAAUAGAUGUGUUAAUCAUAGAGCUUUUAAAAGUGCUAAUUUUAAUUUUACUCCUGUUUAUGUUGUCUUCGUUUAGAGGAUUCGUGAGAAUUUCCUUUUUACAAAGUGAGAUGCCAUACGAUGUUCAUAACCGAGAGUCUUGACACAGCUAAUGUUUUUAAAAUCCUUUAAAUAUGAGGAUUUUUUUCUUUUUAUCUUGUCCUAUGAUUUUGUUGUGAGCAAGGUAAACUUGACUGUAUAUUAGUAUAUUUGUUUGCAUAAUGACAUUUUUGAAAAAUAAAUUUAAUUUUAUCUUACAUAUAAGCAACUUUUUAAAAUAUUACAUACUAUAUUCCCAAUGAUUUUCUUUUAAAUGAUUGUUUUCCUUCUAUUCAUGUUUUUAUUUUUUCAUAAUUAUACUGUUACUGUACCUACUUCUCGUGCCCAGAACCCUAGUGACUAAUGCUCUAAGUUUUGUAAGAGGUUCAAAGGACAGCUGCUAAUGGCCUACCUGUAUUAUAUAUAUCAUAUUAACAAAAAGUCUCGUUUGCUGAGGGGCGUUAGUUUCCUUGCCAUAGCUACAUGAUGUGACAUUCUUAAAGCCAUUCUGUUCAAGGUAAUUUGAAGGACCAUAUUUCAAAGCCAGAUUGUAAUGAAAAGGAAAGAUGAAUCCAAAGUGCCCAGUUUCUUUUCAAGUAAUGCUUGCAAAUGAGUCUCCACUUUAUGAAAUUCUUUCUUGGUACGUAAAAAUCAAGCAAAAAAAUAGCCUUUGCUUUUAGGAGCAUGUAUACAGAUGCCCAAACUAGAGUCUCUUCUGUAAAUAGUACUUCCUUGCAGUUACCAGAAUAAGGGGAUUUGCUCCAGUUCUUACGUCCUCCUUCUCUGGUAUUUGGUUCCUAAAGUUCAUACUUAUCUUCACAAAACUGGCAGGAAGUUUGAUCUUUGCUUUUUUCUCUCCUUCCCUGAGCUCAUGUUCUCCUGUGAAGCUGGUUGAGGAAGAAAGGCCCAGGGGAGAGGUGGUUUCUGGGAUGCUAACACUCAGGAAUUUUGAAGCACUGUUGUCUGGUGUUUAACAGUAGAGCCCUCUGCUUCAGGCAUCUUGACCUGAUGCAGAUUCAUCUGGUGGGAGGCUCAUGUCCAGGGCUCAGAGCCUAAGCUGGCUUCCUCCUCCCUCCCCUUUUCAGGCUUCACAGCGGGCUCUUGACUGCUGGGGAGUCUCCACUCAACUCCUGGUGGGUAGCUCCCACUGUAGGACCCUGAUGGAGUUGAUAAAUAGGCCUAUGGAAUCCUUAGCAUUGACAUUUUUAAGAAAAUGAGAAAUCCUUUUUUAAAAUCCCAUGGCUCUGGUGGUGAGGAUCCAACCUUUCAGAGGACUCAGUGGUGAUGUAAGAAGUCAGUUCUUUAAUGUUUAUUAAAGAGGAAGAGAGAGAACUCAGAUAAAUCUGACAACAGUUUACUCUUAUCAAAAAAUGUGUGACUGCUUUGUUAAUGUUUUCUUGGUGGCACCUGACAACAAAGGCACUGUUUGGGUAUUUUAUCACUGUGACAUGGCACGAGGAAUAAACAUUUUUUUGCCUCUGA